AUGCGAUCCACUGCCGGCACCCCGCUCGCUGCCGUCGUCCUGGCCUGUUCCUGGGCCCUGUCGCUGGCCCAGACAAGCGGCAGCGACGAUUGCAGUCAGAUUUCGCCCAUCUGGAAGACCGCCUCGCUGUCGGCGCCCAGCGACUGCUGCUCCUGGAGCAGCUCCGACUCGACCAACUCAAUUGUGUGCGACUCUUCUGGGAACAUCACGGAUCUGAAUCUGGCCGGCUUCUUCACCGUGCCCAAUACCGCCUUUCCUGCCUCAAUCACUCUUCUCGGCAACCUGGCUAGGCUUGCCCUCAACGACAACAACUUCACCGGCCCGAUUCCAGAUAUCGCGGCUUUGACGGGGCUGCAGCGGUGCACGCUCCCCAGCUCCUCCUGCUAUGAUCCAUCCACACAAUUGCCUCCAUCGGUGUGCAACGUAGCACCAUGCUCAGCUACCCCCAGCCCCACCCCAAGUUCCAGCAUUAACUCUGUUGUCAGCAGCCCCGCAAGCACCCAGCCCGACUCCUCCAGCGGCCUCUCGAUUGCUAUGAUUGCCACGAUCGCCGGCGGCGUUUUAUGUAUUAUUCUGAUCAUUGCCAUCUUCAUCGCCAUCCGUCGGAGAUCCGGAGCCUUGCCCCGGGUAUCCACUCUGAAACGAAACGACUCGAACGGAUUCUCAAAGCUGAACGAAAGCUCCACCAACUUGACUCGUCCACAAUCCCGUGCUGACUCCAAGGGAAGCCGCAAGUCAGUCAUGUCGGACGAGCCCAGCCAGUACAUCGACAUCAGCCCCACGGCCGGCCCGGCGAUCGAGUUGCAGGAGCAGCCCUCUCGCUCGACGGACCAGGUUUCGAUUGCGAUACCGUCGGCGGCGUCGACCGCAAGUGACGCAAAGAAUCCCACCCAACCCGUGCGGUAUCAGUCUUCAGGCAAUCCCUUUGUCAUUGCCGACUUUGACGAGAAAGAGACCUUUGGCGUAACCAAGGAUACCGGUUUGUUGAACUGGCCCGUCAGCUUUGGCGACAGCACCAUCUCGGCCAUCUCGAAAAUCGCCCCAGACUCGGAGAGCACGGGAUCCAAGACCAAGAGCGACAACGACGGCGACGAUGCCCCUGUGGCCGCAGCUAGCGCGGAUACAACAGCCCCUGCUGCCUUGAUUGCGAAAGACUCGCAAUCGGAUGCCACCUCCAAGGGCCCUGCCCCGCCAGCCCCGGUCGCCCUUGCCACCACUACCGUCGCCGGUCCCCCCGCUGCAGGUAGCGCUGUCGCCGCAGAUGGCUCCAUCCCUGGCGCCCCGCUCUUGAUGCUCGACGAGCCCAACCGACUAGAGGACCGCAUCGACGGCGGCGAGACUGACAACAAGAGCCCGCAGCUUGAAUCGCUGAAUGAAGACUCGGAGAGCGAGACGUCCUCGCUGUCGUCGUCGUCCAUUGCCGAUGUCGACGACAAACAUAUCCAGCACCGCAGAGUGCCCGCGCGCAGCACAAGCAUCGGGUUCGAUAGCCCUCGACGAGCGAGCCAGCCAACGAAGCGGGCCUCACCGGCGUUCCGCAACAUGCAGCAGCGCUUCCCUCGCGAAAACUCGCUGCGUCGGCUGGCCAUUGCCAACUCGUACGUUGUUUCUGCCACGUCUGUGAAUGCCGCGCAAGCCGCUGGCACCAACGCCAACUCGUCGACUCCACAGCAACAGCAGCAGCAAGCGGGUAUCUCGAGCCCAUCCUUCAUGGACUUCAACACCAUCAACGGCCAGAUUGAAGGCGCUGGCUCGCAGGAGGACGGCACUCUGCAAUCCGAUUCGCUCUACCAGUGGCUGGAGAUGUACGACUAUGCUCUCCGCAACCUUGACAGCAGCUACCUCGAAUGUUUGAGCGGAUACACCUUCAAGAUUGUUCAUCCGCACACGCGGGACCUGCCGGACGAGAUUGAGCUGCAGCCUGGCGACCUUGUCACACUGGAUCAACCCUACCUCGACGGCUGGGGCCUGGGCCGGAAUUUGACAACGCACCAGUCCGGCAUGUUCCCGCUCCGCAGCAUCAUCCCCGACCAUGUCGAACAGGACGAGAUCCAGUUUGACGAGAGCCAUCCAGACGUCAUGUCCGACAACCCCUUUGAGUCGUGA